UAGGCUUUUUUGUUUCUUUUGAAAUGGGAAAACGAGUAUGGAGUUUGAAGGAGAACGCACCUUAGCACCUCGUUGAUCUAAAAAAUACGGCACCAGAUCCAAUUUCCUUCUCAUGCGCGCUAAAAAGUAGGGGUCGUGUUCUUCGUCCGGCCAGGCCAUUACCGCCCUCUCAGCCAAGCCUUUCCUUUUUUUCCCAAUUUCCCUCUAAGUAAAAUACCCAACACAAUUCUAUUUCUCUGUUUCAGAAGAAUUUUUGAUGGAGCAGCCGAAGCAGGACGCCGAUAACAAAACUCCCAUCUCCACCGACGAUAAGAGCCCAAAAUCUAACCCAAAAGAGGGAGUUCAGACCUCCAAUGGAGAUGGGAAUUGGGGUAAUUUCGUGAUGGGUUCAGAGAACCAGAUUCCGACCCAGAACGAACAGCCUGUGGUUUCAACGCCCUCCAAGAAAACGGUGCGUUGGAGCACCGAAUUGGUCACCGAGUCCCCUUCCGUUGCUUCCAAUUCAUAUGGAUCGAAUUCUCUUGCUUCUUCCGCUCCUUCCUCUUCAGUUUCCUUCAAAGAGACGGUGGAUUCUGUAUGGACCGUUCUAGGGAGAUGGGGGAGGAAAGUCGGGGAAGCUACAAAAAGGGCUGAGGAUCUGGCUGGAAACACUUGGCAACAUUUGAAAACAAGUCCAAGUUUUGCGGAUGCUGCGCUGGGGAGAAUUGCCCAAGGGACGAAGGUAUUGGCAGAAGGUGGCUAUGAAAAGAUUUUUCAACAAACUUUUGACACAGUGCCUGAGGAAAAACUUCAAAAUUCGUUUGCUUGUUAUUUGUCAACGUCUGCGGGUCCAGUUAUGGGUGUAUUAUAUGUAUCUACAGCAAAGCUUGCAUACUGUAGUGACAAUCCUCUUUCAUACAAGUCUGACGGGAAAACCGAAUGGAGCUAUUACAAGGUGGUUAUCCCAUUACAACAACUAAAGGCAGUUAAUCCUUCCUCAAGUGGAAUGAAUCCUGCUGAAAAGUACAUACAGGUAAUCUCUGGUGAUAACCAUGAAUUCUGGUUCAUGGGCUUCUUGAACUACAAUGGUGCUGUAGAAUGCCUGCUAGAAUUUCCCGAAUUACGAGCAAUGCACUCAGUGUAAAACGUCAUCGUGGUUGAAACUUCCACCAGUUCAUGCACCAUGCCAAAGACUUUGGUGAGUUCAAUCAAACUUCCAUUUGAAUUUGCUGCUAUUGUAUGCCAACUUCGGAGAUUAUUACUAAUGGAAGGUCUCUUCUCUUUAUUGUGAAAUUUUUGGAAUCAGUUAGGAAAACUUACGAUAUAGCUUUCUUCAAUAUUUAUAUAGAUUAUUUAUUGUGUACAUGGUGUCUUAAUGUUCCAGCAUUCCGAUAAAAAUAAUGUUUUUUUUCCGUACAGAUUAUUACAUUCUAACAUGCCAGCAGUAAAACUGUGUACUGUCAUUAUUGGGGCCAAUUUUAUAGUUAAACCAAACUUUUUAAAGGAAA